AUGUUACUAGACUGUGGAGCCCAAUUGUCAAUAAUAAAACAGUCACUUGCAGACAAGUUAAAGUUAAAAGGCAAAGAAGUCACUGUUGUGAUAUCAAAGUUGGGAGGAGCUGAAGAGGAAGUUAUCACCAAAGAAUAUAGGGUCAGCGUAAAGGAGUUAGGAGGACGAAAUUCCUUGCCAGUUACGGUGAUUAGCCUGCCUCAUAUCAGUACCACAGACAGUGUACCAGAAGAAUAUCUACAGUCAGCAGCCAAACAACUUAAGAUUGAUCGAAAGAUGUUCAACAGGCAUGGUGGAGAGAUUGACUUACUAGUUGGCAGUGAUCAUCCCAAGUUCCAUGGAGGUGAGUCAAAGGAGACCCACAACUUUACUGCUCGUCAUUCAGCUGUUGGAUGGGUGAUACUAGGAACAUUGCCGCAUAGAAGGAUGGAAUCAAGUAAAGUUUUGCACGUGCAGUUAGCCAAGCCAGUGGAUCUGACUGAGUUCUGGACGACGGAGUCGAUGGGAGUCAAGGACAUCGACUGCCAAUGCCAACCUACAGGGAUGACCAAGGCAGACAAAGAGGAGUAUGAUAUGAUUGAACGGUCUUGUGUCAAAGAAGGUAAUCAGUGGCAAGUUUCGUAUCCAUGGAAACGAGACCCAAACAAACUUCCUGAUAACAGAUGGUUAGCUGAGAAGAUGUUGGAAGCUACGGAAAGGAGGCUUCUAAAGAAUCCUGAUCAUGCAAAAGCUUACCAAGAACAGAUGACCCAGCUGGUAGAGAUGGGAUUCGCACGAAAGUUGUCUGAUAAUGAAGUCAGUGGAUAUUCAGGACCUGUACACUAUAUUGGUCACCAUGCAGUAGUUAGACCUGAAAAGAAAAGUACUCCAGUGCGUAUUGUAUUCAACUCGUCAGCAAGCUAUCAAGGACAUUCUCUCAAUGAAUACUGGCACAAGGGUCCCGACAUGUUGAAUUCACUUUUUGGAGUUCUGAUGAAGUUCCGCGAUCACUCUGUUGCGGUCAGUGGUGACAUAUCUAAGAUGUAUCACCGUGUCAAGGUACCAGUAAUUGAUCAACAUGUACACAGGUAUCUCUGGCGUGAUCUUGAAGUUGAGAGGAAGCCUGAUGUCUACAUCAAGUUGGUUGUCACCUUUGGCGACAAGCCUUCCCCGGCAAUGGCCCAAAUUGCCUUGAGAAAAACAGCUGAAGUAGCAGAGAAAGAAACUCCUAAAGCAGCACAGAUCCUGAAGGAAAGUACAUACAUGGAUGACAUUUGUUUCUCGACACCAACUGAAGAAGAAGCCAUUCAGCUCACUGAUGAAAUCGAUAAAGCUUUGGGGAAUGGAGGCUUCAACGUCAAGGGCUGGGUGUCGAACAAAAAUAUAAGACCCGGUAGCCAGAACGAGAUGGAAUUGCUGAGUAAGUUGUCCAAUGAGAAGGUCUUAGGAGUUGUUUGGAACCAACAUAACGAUUCAUUCUCGUACAAGUCAACCUUGGACAGGUCCAGUAGAGAAGAGAAAUCAGCCAAUAAUGAAGGAAAAUGGACAAAACAAAAAAUCCUGAGCCAAAUAGCAAGAAUCUUCGACCCAAUUGGAUUUGUAUCACCCUUCCUUGUUCGAGCCAAGAUGGGAAUGCAAAGGCUUUGGGAGAAGGGAUACAAAUGGGAUGAAAGACUGCCAGAGGAACAACAGAAAUGGUGGACAGGUUUCUUCAAUGAAAUGAAAGAGCUGAACGAGGCUAAACUUGACCGAAGCCUCACACCACCAGGAGCUAUUGACAAUCCAAUAUUAUGUGUGUUCUCAGAUGCAUCAGAAGCUGCCUUCGGGUGCUGCGCCUACCUUAGAUGGCAGAUAGCAGAUGGCAGUUUUACCACAAGAUUUGUAGCAGCAAGGUCAAGAGUGGCCCCUUUAAAGAAGCUGACCAUUCCUCGAUUAGAGCUACAAGCUGCUCUGAUGGCGGCAAGGCUGUUUACGGCAAUAAAGGAAGAGACAACUUUGAAGUUGCUAGAGACAAUCUUCAUGACAGACAGUCUCAUUACUCUAGCAUGGAUCAACAGUCAGUCCAGAAUGUACAAGUCAUUCGUCUCAUCCAGAGUGGGAGAGAUCCAGAGUGUUUCCAAUCCAGAGAACUGGAGAUAUGUUCCCGGAAAUAUGAACCCUGCUGAUAAAAUCUCCAGAGGCUUAGCAGUCAGAGAUCUGAGUAAAGAAUGGGAACAUGGUCCUGAAUUCCUAUUCAAGCCUAUAGAUGACUGGCCAGAGGACAAAUCACUCCCUGUACAACAAGGUGAUGAUGACAAAGAGAGGAAAAAGGUAAAGCAAGUUCUACAUACAACAUGUUCUGGUGUCAUUGGCUGUGAGAAGUAUUCGUCUUGGAGAAGACUCAUCAGAGUCACAGCUUAUGUACAUCGAUUUGUCAAGAAUAUGAGGGCCAGAUGCAAGACGAAAGUUGAUGAAGGACUGACAAGAGAAGAUGGUCCUCUCACUGCAUCCGAGUUAAGUGUUGCUGAACUGUACUGGAUCAAGGAGGUACAGAAACCACUUCAUGAACGCUUGAGGUCUGGUGAAUUCAAGGCUCUAAGUCCAUUUCUCAGUGAAGGUAUCAUCAGAGUUGGAGGUAGAGUAGACAAGAUCAAACGAUCGUAUGAAGCAAGACAUCCAGCUCUUAUCCCUAAUGGCCAUCAUGUAGCUAAGCUUAUCACUCGCUACUAUCAUCAGCAAGGUCAUGCGGGAGUAGCUACAACAUCAGCUAAAAUCCGGACGAGAUACUGGAUUCCAGGAGUUCAACGUCUAGCCAAAUCUGAGAAGUACAGAUGUGUAACAUGUCGAGAGAUGGAGAAAAGAGCAGAAACUCAGUUUAUGUCUGAACUACCUGCUGAAAGGAUGAUGCCUUUUACGCCACCAUUCUAUGCCACAUCAUGUGAUUACUUCGGACCGAUACCAGUGAGAAUAGGGCGUAAUAAGACUGCGAAGUACUAUGGCAUCAUCUUCACAUGUCUGAACACCAGAUCAGUCCACUUAGAGGUUGCACCUGAUUGCUCGACUAUGGAGUUCCUGCAGGCUUUACGACGUUUUUUCGCAGUCCGUGGCCAACCUUCUUGCUUAAUCAGUGACAAUGGGAAGCAGUUUGUUGGAGCUGAGAGAGAGCUGCGAGAAAUGUUAGAGGGCUGGAGUGCAGAUGAGCUAAAGGAAUUCUGCGCUGAGAGGGGCACCGACUGGAUGUUUGUGACGCCAUUAGCACCUCAUCAUAACGGGUGCGCAGAAGCCCUGGUCAAAAGCUGUAAAUUAGCAUUGAAGAAGGCUAUCAAGGAUCAUUGCCUUUCUCCUUUCGAGUUAUACACAUACCUUCAAGAAGUGGCCAAUCUAGUUAAUCAACGCCCCAUCGGGAGGAUUCCCACAGACCCAGAUGAUGAUUCUUACCUAUGCCCUAAUGAUAUCUUGUUGGGUAGAUAA